AUGAUACAAAAGUUGGAUUAGACAUUGGUCCAAAAUCAGAUUCUAACUUAAUUUUAUGUAUAUCAAGAUUUGCAAAAUUUUGUUAAUUUAUUAUAUUCGUUGAAAGAAGUCAAUCAUUUUUUUAAAGAAUAAAAAAAUCAUGCUAUGGUUAAAUUAUGUAGAAACAAAGUAAUUUUAUAAAUGAAUUUGUCAAAUUGUAUUCAUUAUGACUUACUAUAAUAAAAUGGAUCAUCUUCAAUAUUAUUAAAUGAGAAAAAAAAUGCUGUGAGUUUAUUGAAACAGUUAGAGCCUGAAUUAGAAGAAUUUAAAUAAUAUAUUUAGUGGUAUUAAACUAAUUGUUUGAAUGAAGAUGUUAAUUUAAAACAAUAACACUUAGAAGAUAUAUAAAUUGUUGCUAACUUUAAUUAAAAUGUUUUAUCACAAAUCAUUCCAGCAAUUAAUUCUAUGGAUGAGCAAGUAAAGAAUUUAUAGGGUCAAAAAUAAUUUAUAGCUCCUAAUAUAAAUUAAAUUCGAGAAAAAGCAAUGUAUUAGUAAUUAUUUUAUUUAGCAAAUUUAAAGAUCACACAAGAGAAAGUUUAGGGAAGAAUUUUCCUCCUUAAGAAACUUAGAUUUAGUGGGUAGAUCAAGAAAAGACAUUUAUUAUUUAUGAAAAAUCCAUAAUAAAGAAUUUCUAAAAAUUUGAACAAUACGAAAAAAAGUAAUAUGAAAAUAUUAAAGAAUAUAUAAAGAGUUUAAAGGAAUCUUAAAACGCAGAUGAAAAAUUUGCAUACUAAUUAUUUUAUCAUAAAAAAGUUUUCGAAUUUCAUCCUUAAUAUUAUAAAUUUUAUUUGUUUGGAUUUUUUUUAAGUUUUAUGGUAGAUAAUAAUAAGAUUGAAUCAAAAUAAGAUUAAUUUUUAUAAUUUUACUAAAAUUAAACCAACUUAGAAAAAAAUUAAUUUAAUUAUAAACAUUUUGUGUAAUAUCUAUUUACAAUUCAACAAAAAAAAGUUAAUGUAAAUUUUCAAUCUUAUUGUGAUUAUUACAAAAAAUCAUAAUAAUGA